AUGGCUAGGGUGCUAAUGGUUAGAACAAAUCGAGUGAGGAAUGAAUGGGGACCGAAUAGUUCAGUAAUUAUUGUUACCGAUCAGUCGAUAAAUCGUAAAUCGGUAACAGUAAUAUCGCAUUUG